UACCAGUGUUGCUCUUCUCUCUUCUUCCAGAAACUUCCUCUGCUUCCAAACCCAAACCCACCACCUAUAAGAACCACACCACCGGCAUGAAUUCCUCAUCAGAAAAUCAAUUCCAACAUUUUCAUUUACAAAUCUUAGCAGAUCUCAGAGACUAAUCGCUGAAAAGCAAAAUGGAUUUGAGGGUCAUGGGUUUUGAUUCUCCACUCUUCUCAACCCUCCAACACAUGCUUGACGCCGGCGACGAUUCCGACAAGUCUCUCAACGCUCCCACCCGCACCUACGUCCGGGACGCCAAGGCCAUGGCGGCGACGCCGGCUGACGUCAAGGAGUACCCGAAUUCCUACACCUUCAUCGUCGACAUGCCGGGGCUGAGGUCCGGCGACAUCAAGGUUCAGGUGGAGGACGGCAAUGUGCUGGUGAUCAGCGGAGAGAGGAAGCGGGAGGAGGAGAAGGAAGAGAAGGAAGGCGCCAAGUAUGUGAGAACAGAGAGGAGGUUAGGCAAGUUUAUGAAGAAGUUUCGAUUGUCAGAGAAUGCAAAUACUUUAGGAUCUCUAAUAUGUCAAGAUGGUUUUUUGACCUUUGAGAAUGAGGGGCAAAAGGGCAUUUUAGUCUAUACGCAAGAAUCUUCCAGCAACUUCUUUUUACCGUUCUAA